AUGAGCGGACCCAACACAAUUGCCUCCAAAAGCAACAUAGACAAUUUUAAACAACUUCUCCAAUGUAUUCACUCCUCUUUCGUCGAUAAUAAUACAGACUUGUGUAUAAUUUGCUAUGAGCAGUUAUCAAUAAUCGCAAAUCCCAAGUGUGACCACUGUGUCUGUUUCAUUUGUGCAAUAAAACUGCUAACUAAUAAUAAUUUUGUAUACAAUUGCCCAUAUUGUCAAAUUGAAAGUCAUAUAAUUCUAACUCAUUCAAAUCUUUUAACUUCUAGAGAGAAGGAGGCAAUAUUCAAGCGUAAAUUCAAUGAAAAACUUACAAAGAAGUUAAUAUAUCAGGAUAACAUAGCAUAUUUUCUCAGGAAUAAAAUAUUCAUCUACAGCGAUCAAAAGGAUAUAUUGCAGAAGAUUUGCCUAGCAACGGUUUUAUUGAUUGGUAAAUUAUGCUGGCAUUCAGAUUGUAUUUCAAAAUUAUCACAAUCGAUUAAAAAUGGUGACAAAGAUGCCAUAUAUAGGGCAGAUUUAGAUAAUUUAAAUAAAUUAUCUAAUCAUUUAGCCACAAUGCAUAAUUUAAGCUAUUGCCAUUUGUGUUAUGAUCAUUUCAAACCGCUCAUGUUCGAAAUUACAUAUUAUUACAAAGAUCAACUAUCCCGACACCGCAAUAAGGGGGAUAAAUCAUCUAAUCCUAAGAUUGACCCACAUGUUUUUUGUAAGUACUGUAAGAAGUGGUUUUUUGACGUUGAAAGUUACAAUGCGCAUUCUAAGUCCAUGCACUUUAUUUGUGACAUUUGUGAUUCAGAAAAAUCAUACAAUGUGUUUUCAAAUUACACUUCAUUGUUUAACCACUUCAAGGAAUGUCAUUACCCUUGCAUUGAGGAAUCUUGCUCCUUCGUGGUAUUCGCUACUCAUACGCAGUUACUGGUCCACUAUGCAGUUGAACAUCCAGGAAUGCCUAUACCUGAAUUAAAAUUAAACAAUUAUAGCAAUUUUAAGAUCAAAAUUGGCAAUUUAAGGCGGGUUAAAACAUCUGGUACUAUAGAAAAUUCUAUCUCUAACCUCUCUACACAGCCUAAUUGUUCCAGUCCAAAUGUUAAUGCUACCAGAUCCUCGUCAAAUAUUAUGGCAGAUAAUAAUAUAUGUAACAUAUCCGAUGAGAAUAUUGCUAAUUCUAUUAAUGUAUCAACAAAGAAUGACCAUAUUAUUGAUAAAUCCUAUACAGUAAUCAGUGCAAAUAACAUACCUGAAAGUUAUGGCAAAUCUACUAUUCCGGCCGCUAUUGAACACAAAUAUCAACAUUCAGAUACAGAAAAUUGCGAUUGUAUAGAUGAUACAAUUUUAUCUAAUGUAUAUCAUGAAAAUUCUACGGAUGAUAUAUUUCCAAAGUAUUCCAUUAACAGUGACAUUAAUAAAAUUUUCCACAAUACACCACAAUUAAUAAACAUAACCACUCAGUGUGAAUUAAUUGACCAUGUAAUUGAUCAAAUGGAUGGUUGUGAGGAUAUAUUCAUUAAACAUAAUCUACCAGAUCGUAUCGUCACGGCUAAUGUAAUGGACGCAUUGAAAUGGAAAUCUUCAAAAUUGGCCUUAAGCGAAGAACAUGCGAAUUUUUUGGGCAUCUGCUCCGAAUUUACACGAUCAAUUAUAUCAGUGGUAAUGUCACAUAAAUUUACUGGUAAAGAUAUAUUUUUGCUAGACAAGCUCAAGUCGUUAUUCAUCAAGCAAUACUACAAUCUUGAUCUUUCACUACUUGAUAGAAAUGGUAUGUUUCUACUUUCACUAAUCGUUGUUUUGCCUCCACUUCCUCUGUCUAAAUAUUUGUGCAGGAAAUCAAUAUUACCUGAUCAGUGGUAUUGCACAAAUGAUAUUACUAAUGAACAACAGAAUCUCAAAUUGAGUGAUGACUAUGGUAAAAAUGUUAGUGAUUCUGGUGAUAAGGUUGGUAUUUCGGCUGAAAAAUCAUUGUCUCUGAUUAAUUUGCACCACUCGAAUGAUAUAAAAUUUUCAUCUUACAACACUUUAUCCCGAACCAAUAUACCAAUCGUAACCACCCAAAGCCCGAGCACCAAGGAGACCUGUGACUACGCAAGCCAUUCAUCUGCCAAUUUGGCAAAUAAACUAAUGAAAUCGGCACUUACCGCUUAUAGGUGUAAAUGGCGCACAAAUUCAAUCCACUCAUGCUUACUGGAAACAAUCGAACAAUCACUUAACGUGCAAUGGAAAUUACAUGUAUUGCCAAGUGUAAGAGAAACAAUCAAUGAAAAGCUUUUUGGUAUAGAUCCAAAUGGUGUAAAACAGCUAACAAAUAUGGCUAAGGAUUUGGGUGGCAUCUUGCCUAUGAAAUUUGUAGAAGAGUGUCAAGCCCUGAGCCCUCUCUUUUAUUUAUACUGCAGUCAAACUAAUGCUGAAAACCUGGAUAAAUGGGCCGAAAAGUGGUCAGAAUCCGUGUUUAAGGCUUUUAGACACAUCAAGACCAAUGAACUGUGCACUAUCUACUAUUACCUAAUAACUUUAAGAGACACAGUCGCAAAUAUUAAUGAUGAUAUAUUGUUUCCCCCACUUAACCCUAAUUCAACCGGUGGUGAUUCAGGCAAUCACAAUGUAAGACGUCCUAGUGGUGAGAAUAGUAAUAACUUUAAGAAUGUUAUGAAUAAUUCCUUAAUGAGGAACUUUAGGAGGAUGGAUUUUGCCUCUGCAAUUACUGGCGGUGCUGAUGCUAUUGCCAAUAGACUCAAAAAGCCCACUUUAACAGAGUUUCCAGCUCUGAAGGAAUCGGUUAAUAUACGUAAAUGA